UACGCAUGCGGACAAUAUCGUGCACCUGUUGCUUAUCUCCCUUUCGUAGGACGAGUUCAUAUUACAUCGGAUUCGGGGGCUGGGACUGCCAAAAUGUAUCACUUUGCUUCCGUAUCUAGAGUGGGCGGCUUGUUCAUGCCCGAGCUAUCGCCACCAUCUCCAACUGCAUUUGAUCCAGUAAACUGUGUUCCGACCACCUAGCUGAUUACUCUUCUUCGGAGAUAAACAAACAUUACUCCAAUAACGCAGCGACGGGCGAUGCAGAUCUUGUCUGUUUUUCACCCAAGUCACAAGACGGUACCGCCAAGGUCGGCUCCUCUAACCCCCUAGUUCGAUAUACUUCUUGAAUCUUACGAGCCAAUAAGGGUUCACGUACAUAUUAUGCUGCAUAUAAGCAGGGACUUGCACAUAUUCAUAUCCCCUUCAUUUCUCUACUCUAAGUUCAAGUCAUGGUUUACUUCGCUACCUCUGCAGAGAACUCAAAGACCAGUUACAAGGUCGACCUCUCUCAUCAUCUCUCGAGAGAGACACGAGCAAGGCAGCCAAAUCCAAUCAAGACUAUAUGGAAAAUAGCUCAGACCAAAGUAGGAACCAUUAACAUGGGAAAUGGAGAUCCCCACAACACGUUGUAUCCUAUCUCUAAAAUUGACUUUGUCGUCCCGUCUCUCGACCAACCAAACCCUGUCCAAGCUUGGAAGGAAGGCAAUAGUAAAACUGAUAUAAUCAGUUCGUAUAAAGACGAGUCUUGCGCCCUGAGUCUCAAGACUGCUUUUGCAUAUGGAACCGGUGCAGGACUGCAGCAAGUGCGAGGUGUCCUUGCUGACCUCAAUAACCGUAUUCAUUCCCCACCGAAUCACACCGUAUCCCUCAGUCUGGGCAAUGCGGAUUCUUUGACAAAGUGCUUCCGAUUGUUUGGUGACCCUGGCGACUCGUUUCUUUGCGAGGAGUUUACUUUCUCGCCAAUGACCAAUGCAGCACUACCUCUGGGAAUCAAAUGGGAGCCCAUCAAGAUGGACAAAGGCGGUCUUAUACCCGCCGAUAUGGACAAGAUUCUCACUAAUUGGGAUGAAAGGACGCAAGGAAGGAGGCCACACGUCUUAUACACUGUCCCCUGCUCGCAGAACCCCACAGGAAGCACUCUGCCCUUCGAACGCCGCAAAUCAAUAUAUGAAAUCGCUCGAAAGUGGGAUAUAAUCAUCUUGGAAGAUGACCCAUAUUAUUUCCUCCAAUAUGGAUUGAACGUAGAUCAAUUUAUCGUAGAACAGCAUGGAUUCACGCGUGCUUUAGCAAGCGUUCUACCUCGAUCCUUCUUGUCUAUGGACUAUGACGGGCGUGUGGUUCGGCUGGAUAGCUUCAGCAAAAUUGUGGCCCCCGGUAUGCGUCUUGGAUGGGUUACGGCCAACAAUUUUUUUGCCGAAAAGCUUGACUCAUUAACGGACUCAUCGUCGCAACACCCUCAUGGAUUCGGGCAGGCCUUCAUUGCGGAGCUUCUUGGUGAUGGGGGCUGGGGGUUGGAUGGGUUCAUGAAGUGGACAAAGAGUCUUUGUGACGAGUACCAACGCCGUCGAGACCUGUUUAUGGACGUUUUCCGACGUGAAGUCGGUAUCAAUGGGUUCGCAACCGCCGAAGUACCGAAGUCGGGCAUGUUUGUUUGGAUUAAGAUUAACUUGGAACAUCAUGCGCGGUAUCGCGUCGUGAAGGAAUCUAACGGCGACCCUCGCACCAACACGGCUGCCCUGAUGGACGAGCUGUUCCGGACAUUGUUGGAUUCUGGGCUGGUCCUUAUACCCGCGUCUACUUUUGCGAUCACGGGUUCCUUGAGUCCACCAUCGGGAGAUUGCAUCUUAGACCGCGUUAACUAUUUCAGAGCAACCUUUGUUGGUACCGAUGAAACGAUCUGUGAUGGCCUCAAGAUAUUCGGGCGUACUAUUGAACAAUUUUUCUGCUUUUGAGCGGAUCCUUGGGCUAAUCUCCUUCUGGUGUGAUGAUGGCAGUAUGAAACUGGGGCUUUUUUGGUGUUAGUACCAUAGAUGUAGAUAUUAUUUCUAGGCGUUGUGCCCUAUCAUUUCUAUAAGCUUGUAAAGAGGAUCUAGAAGCCUCAAUGUAGUAUAAUAACUUGUUGAUUCUUGAAGCGUAAUUAUAAGGACCUUACUCUUUCCAACGUUAA